AUUGCUUGUAAUUACUUACUUCUCCCUUUUAUAGUUUCACAACUAAUUAUUUUGCAGUUGCUUUUCCAUGCAGGACCUAGCUUUAAAUUGCGCUCUCCGCUUUUAUUGGAGGACAAAAAAAGAAAUGCGCUUGAGGUGCAUCACCACCAAAAUUGACAUCAUUUUUAACAUGGUAAUGCCGUGCUGUUCUUUUAUUGGUUACAGUAUAUAAUUAGUUUUGAAUUUUUCCUGCUUGUUCCAUAAUUAUCCGAUUUUAGUUAAUCCAGUUUAGUGUUUGUGCGAGAUUUGGAGCAUAAAUAUUCCGCUUAGACUUUACUACACUAAACAAAUAAUAAAUAACUAUAACAAUAACAAUAACAUUCCCCGCGUACAUAACACUUAUUAUCCAUUAGUAUAUAGUCAGCCAAUAGUAUAAGCGUAGCAAUUUCAAAUAAUUUCAAGUACAAAAGUCAUAUAAAUAUGAUACUAAAUUCAUUUAAUUAUGAGUUGCUAUUCAAAGCCAAUUUGAGUUCCCUCAGUGAAACCCUUACCAGGCGAAAGCAUAUUGUUCAUAUUAUAUUCUUUAGUAUGUUGGUAUUAUUCUUAAUUCAUUUGUAUUUCCUGUCCUUUGCUACAGGUUAUCCCCUUAGUAUGGAACAUGCCAAGUAUUAUGGUCGUCAAGAUAUUAAUUUACGAACAGUUGAAGCAAGCCAUGUUCAAUUAUAUGAACUUAUAAAUAGUGCGGCUAAUAAAGCUGUAUUUAGUCAGCUACAAUAUUCAGAAAAUGCCUAUUAUGAUUUAGGUAAUAAUGUGGUGGGUAAUGCUGAAUUUCCUGUUUAUAAUCAAUUUCAACGUCAACCAUAUGUGGCAAAUGGAUAUCUUGGUAGUAGAAUUCCCAACAUUGGUCAAGGUUUUACUUAUGAUCAAUUGACAGAUGCAUCUACAGCUUCUGAUGAUGAUCUUUUGAAUGGUUGGCCCUUAUUCAAUAAAAGAUACUCUGGAGCCUUUGUAGCUGGAUUCUUUGAUAUUCAAAACAAUGUUACGGAAACAAAUUAUCCUGAGUUGUAUGCCAAUGGAUAUGAGAGUAUAAUUGCAGCUAUACCUCAAUGGACAUCCUUAACAUUAUCUACAGAACACAAUGGAAACAUAUAUUCUUUGAAUCCUGCUUUAAAUUUAUCAGGUCAAAUCUCCAAUUAUCAACAGAAUAUGUCCCUUAGUAAUGGGAUAGUCUCAACUGAAUUCACAUGGUUGGACUCUCUUCAAAUAAAAUUUGAUGUGUUGGCACAUCGACAAGAAGUCAGAUUAGGGUUGGUCAAUUUAGAAGUGUCUAACUUGAGUAAUGAUACUUUUACUAUUGAUAUAGAAGACGUACUUGAUUUCGCUACAGCUCAAAGAUCUCAACUCACUGGUGUUGAUUCAGAUAGUCUGGGUAUCUAUAUGACAUUCCAGCCUCAUCAAUUAGACUAUAUAAAUGGAGCUAUCUAUUCUAAAUUAAUUGCAUCUACUUCUCCAGCUGUUAGUAGCAAUGAAACAUCCAUAUCUCAACUGCUUCAAAUUCAAUUAUCUCCUGGUGAAUCUACCACUCUUGCCAAAGUCGUAGGAGUUGCCACUACUGAUUAUGAUCCUUCAACUGCUAGUUCUCAACAAGAUGUUUUAAAUAUGGCUAAGAAUGUAGCUAAUAGUCAUAGUAAUAUUACUGAUAUAUUUACUAGUCAUAAAGUUGCUUGGGCUCAAACACUUGAAGCCACUCCAGCAGUUACAUUUCCUGAUGAUUUAUUACUUACUUUAACUACUAGAGCAUCAAUUUAUCAUUUAACUGCCAAUACUCAACCAAAUAAUCAUGGAGUUACUGCUGCUUUAGGAGUAGGAGGUUUAAGUUCAGAUAGUUAUGCUGGAAUGGUAUUUUGGGAUGCUGAUAUUUGGAUGAUGAAUGGUUUAUUACCCUAUAUUCCUGCUCAUGCUAAAAGUAUUACUAAUUAUCGACUUCAUACUCAUGAACAAGCCAUAAAAAAUGUACCUCAAGGUUAUGAAGGUGCUGUAUAUCCUUGGACUUCAGGUAGAUUUGGUAAUUGUACAUCUACUGGACCAUGUUUAGAUUAUGAAUAUCAUAUCAAUACUGCAGUAGCUUUAUCAGCUUGGGAUGUUUAUUUAAGUGGAGCAGGUGAUGAAGAAUAUUUAAAAAAUGUAGUAUAUCCAUUAGUUAAUGAUGCUGCUUCAUUCUUUUCAACUUAUCUUACGAGAUAUAAUAGUACUUUACAACAAUAUACUACUCAUAAUUUAACUGAUCCUGAUGAGUAUGCCAAUCAAGUAGAUAAUGGAGCUUAUACCAAUGCUGGUAUUUCAUCAAUCAUGAGAAAAGCUAUAGCUGUUGCUAAUCAUUUAGAUUAUGAAUUUGCCUCUAACUUUUCAUCUAUUGCUGGGAAUAUGUUUAUUCCAAAUUCUGGACUUCCUGGUAAUAUUACACUUGAAUAUUCAGGAAUGAAUUCUUCUGUUGGUAUUAAACAAGCCGAUGUGAUUAUGAUGACUUAUCCAUUAAAUGAUGAAGAAGUUGAUGUUGAUCAAGCCCUUCGAAAUAUGGAAUUUUAUUCACUUAAACAAGUGAGUUAUGGACCAGCCAUGACAUUCCCAAUUUUCUCUAUAGUAUCAUCUAAAUUAGCUCGUCAUGGAUGUGCAGCUCAAUCAUAUCUUCAAAAAUCAGUAAGACCUUAUUUAAGAGGUCCAUUUGCCCAAUUCUCCGAACAGAAUAAUGAUAACUUUUUAACUAAUGGAGGAACUCAUCCUGCAUUCCCAUUCUUAACAGCUCAUGGGGGAUUUCUUCAAGCUAUUUUACAAGGAAUUGUUGGUUUAAGAUAUGAUUAUGAAGUGAUAGAUGGCAAGAUUUCUCGAGUAUUAGAAUUAGAUCCUCGAGCCAUGCCUUGUUUACCUAAUGGAGUUAUGUUUGAAGGGAUAAAGUAUAAUAAUCAUUCAUUAUCAUUUACUAUCCAUGAAGAUAGAUUUUCUAUUACUAAUGAUGGUCCAUUACCCAGUAAUAUUAAUAGUAAUAGUAAUGAUAAUACUAAUAGUUCAGUUAAAAUCAAAUUAGCCUCGAGAAACUUAAAGGCUGGUACUUAUACAUUGGCUACGGGUCAACAACUUGUAUUCCCCUUGUAUACUCCUCAAUCAUCUUUCCCAUCGAGUAUUUCUGAAUGUGGAGCAGCACGAUUUGUUAAUAUUACUCAAUCAGCUUAUGGAGAUGCUCCUAGUCUGAUGAAUGAUGGAGAUAAUACUACCCAUUGGCAAUCAUUCUCUAAUUCCAGUACUGGGAAAGUGCUUAUUGAUUUGAAACAAUUCAAGAAUAUUUCAAGUAUGUUAGUUAAUUGGGGUGAUAAACCCGCUCAGCACUUGACAGUAUCAACCACCACCACUGACUCUACUACUGCUAAACUUGAAACUGUAUUUGACUUUCUUAGUAGUGUUGAUUUUGGUAAUAACUUGUAUGACCAUUAUCAGUAUGGUACUGUGCAAACUCAAGUUAUACCUCAAUCCCAAGUAUUUGCAUCGAUAUUUAGUGAUUAUAUUGAUAUCUCAGCACCUUAUGAUGCUCAAGAAGCUACUCAGAUUGAUAUUCCGUCUCAUCAGAAUGUGACAACUGUCCAAUUUACUGAGCCAGUGUAUCUGAGAUUCCUCCUUUUAGAGAUGGAUGGAAUUCAUGAUGAGCUGCCAAUCGAUGGAGAUACAGGAGGUGCCAAACUCUUUGAGGUGGUAUUGUUCUAGAGUGUUUUGGUUUAGGUUUAGGUUUAGGUUUAAUUUUGUAAUAUUAAUAAUAGUA